AUGGCCGGCAGCCGCCAGGCGCUAGUCCUUCGCUGCACUUCACUCGAGGCGCAGCAGUGCAGAGAGCUGGCGGAUAAUGGCGCGUUUAGCCGAUGCGUUCGGGCGGAAGACUGGCGUUGGCCGUCCGCGGGCAGAGAGGAAGCCAGGGCCGACUCAUCGGAGACUCAAUCGGUGGUCCUCGAUGCCAAAGUGGCUUUCGUGGACCCCGAAGGGUCGCUUUCGCUGGAAAGAGGUGAACGUAAUGAAAACGUAGUUCGCGACGAAUACGAGUCGGCGUUCCAGCCCCCCGGAGACUCCGCUGGCUUUUACGAUCGCCCCCCGAACGCCCGGCGCUUCCCCGUCGACUCAGGAGGACGAGAUUCGGGCGAGAGUGAGUCCGCUCAAAGAGGCGUCUUGAUAGGCCCAAAAGGACCCACAGGAUUCGUCGGUCCCGUCUACGCCCGCCCUAUAUUAGUGGGGCCCGGGGGCCCGACCGGCAUCAUUGGUCCCAGACGGCAAGCUGUAUUAGUCGGUCCCGGGGGCCCCACCGGUAUAAUUGGCCCGAGAAGACAAAACGUUCUGAUCGGCCCCGGGGGUCCAACGGGUAUUAUCGGUCCUAGACGACAGAGUGUAUUAGUCGGGCCAGGGGGCCCUAUGGGCACCUUCGGACCCAGAAGGCAGGGCCUUCUAGUGGGGCCGGGUGGGCCCACCGGAAUUAUAGGCCCUUUCUAG